UUACGACUGCCGGUGAAGACAAAACAUACUAUCAAACGUUAACCACGGCGAAGAAUAUUCCCUAAAUCAUUAAAGUAUAAGUGCUAAUUUUAAGAUAUUAGAUUCAUUUCUAAGCAGCCCACCUACAAUCAUGGAUUCAGUUGGUUUUUAUUUAUUACUAAAUUUACUACUUACAUUGACAUUUGUGGCUGUGGAUAGCACAAAGCUUGAAGAUAAAAAUAAAGAUAGACACAAGGCUGAGAAAGAUGUUUUAUGCAGUUCCACUAAUUUAUAUUAUAAUGAGUCUAUAACACAAGAUCCUUUUAUUGUGGUACACAGUACGCCCUGUUUCAUGGAUAAAGAUAAAACUAGAUCUGUUACAUUUUUUAUUUGCGACUCUAAUUGUAUAAACUGUAACAGACACUGUAUUGUAAAUACUGCUAAGUGUAAAGAUGAUGAAAAUAUGAUUUGCUACUGUCAGAAAAAUUCUGAAAAUGGAAAUGUUCUUAUAACUGUAAAAGUACCAAUUCCUGAUACAGAUCAAUGUUUAUUAGGACAGAUGUAUAACAACACUAGCUUGUUAAAUAUCACAAAAUUGCUUAAAGUAGAAAAUGAUAGUAUAUCCCCUGGAAAAGAUGAAAAAGACACAACUGAAGGUAGUACAUCCCCUGGAAAAGAUGAAAAAGACAUGACUGAAAGUAAAUAA